GCUAUGCGCCCAGCGCUCUCCGCUCAGAUGUUUUUUUUUUUUUACUACACAGCUGCACAAGCGAGAGGUUGCAAUGAACCAUUCAAAAUGGAUCCAAGUGACUUCUCCGAGUUUAAGACAUUAUUACAUAUCACUGAAAAGAAAAUUUCAUGAACAUUCCAAACUCCAAGUUUCUAUCCCAAAAAAUUUCAAGAAAUAUGAAGACCUUCGUCAGCUCUAUAAUCCACAUGUGCCAGAAUAUUUUAACUUUGCAAGAGAUGUGUUGGAUUCAUGGUCUGAAAAAGAAAAGGUUAAGUUUAAUGGGCAUAGACCUUUAAAUCCAGCCCUGUGGUGGGUAAAUGAGUCUGGUGAGGAAAUUAAAUGGAGUUUUCAAGAGCUGGGAGUCCAGUCAAAGAUUGUGGCUAACAUCCUAUCAGAGGCUUGUGAUCUUCAGAUAGGGGACAGGGUUCUUCUGAUUUUACCCAGAAUUCCAGAGUGGUGGUUUGUGAAUAUAGCAUGCUUUAGGACAGGAACUAUCCUGAUACCUGGAACUUCUCAACUCACAGCGAAAGAUAUUCUUUAUCGACUGCAGUCUUCAAAGGCUAAGUGCAUUGUCACAGAUGUCAGUUUGGCUUCACUUGUUGAUGCUGUUGCUUCAGAGUGUGAAUUCCUCAAAGCCAAGCUACUGGUAUCAGACAAAAAGAGACUUGGAUGGAUAAACAUUAAGGAGGUUUCAAAGUCCGUAUCACAUGAGCAUACCUGUGUGGCAACAAAAAGCAGUGAUCCAAUGACUAUAUUUUUUACCAGUGGUACGACAGGUUCUCCAAAAAUGACUCAGCAUACUCACAGCAGCUUCGGAAUUGGGCUUGAGGUCAAUGGCAGGUUUUGGCUUGACCUAACACCAGAAGACGUAAUGUGGAAUACCUCAGAUACUGGAUGGGCUAAAUCUGCUUGGAGUAGCAUCUUUGCCCCAUGGAUUCAGGGAGCUUGUGUUUUUGUUCAUCAAAUGCCUCGUUUUGACAGCAAGACCAUUCUAGAGACAUUAUCUAGAUUUAAUAUCACUACAUUCUGCUCUGCUCCAACUGCUUACCGAAUGCUUGUGCAACAUGAUCUCAAUGGGUAUUCCUUUAAAAGUCUCAAGCAUUGUGUGAGCGCUGGUGAACCUAUCAACCCGGAGGUGAUGGCAUGCUGGAAAAAAAAGACUGGGCUUGAUAUCUACGAUGGCUAUGGACAAACUGAAACGGUGCUGAUUUGCGGUACAUUUAAAGGCAUGAAAAUCAAGCCAGGAUCCAUGGGAAAGCCAUCCCCUGCAUAUGAUGUUAAGAUUAUAGACGAGAAUGGAAAACCAGUGCCUUGUGAGCAAGAAGGGGAUAUUGCAAUUAGAGUGAAGCCAACUAGACCCAUUUCUCUUUUUUCAGGAUACAUAGAUGAUCCUGAACGUGCCUUACUUUGCUAUCGUGGAGACUAUUACCUGACAGGCGAUCGAGGGAAAAUGGACAAGGAUGGCUACAUUUGGUUUGUGGGAAGAUCAGACGAUGUGAUCUUAAGCUCAGGCUAUCGUAUUGGCCCAUUUGAAGUGGAAAAUGCACUUAUUGAACAUCCAUCUGUUGCAGAGUCGGCUGUAGUUAGCAGCCCAGAUCCAGUCAGAGGAGAAGUUGUGAAGGCAUAUGUUGUGCUGACACCAGAGUACAAAUUACAUGAUCCAAAACUGUUAACAACUGAAUUACAGAAUCACGUGAAGAAGGUCACUGCUCCUUACAAAUAUCCAAGAAAGAUUGAAUUUGUGGACCAACUGCCAAAGACCAUAAGUGGCAAAAUCAUUAGAGCAAAACUUCGGAAUAAGGAAUGGGGGAAAAACAGCAAUCAUGUGUGAUUUUCAUAUUUUAAGAUCCUGGUUUUUUUUGGAAUUAAGUUUAUUGAAAAAUGUGACUUUGCUGUUUAAAUAUAUUUAGUAUUCUACAUGGCAUACACAACUACAUGCUUAAAGUACAAAACUCACAAAUAGCUUUGAAUUCAGUAUUUUACAGUUUGAUUUUGUGUGUUUUUUUUUUUUUUUACUGUUGAGUGAUACACUAAUGCAUUCCUUUUCUUCUGUAUCAUAAAUUUCUCAUAAAAAUACUUAUCAUUUUAUAACACAUAUAAAAACAUAGCUGAACAUUCAUUGAAAAGGGCUACUAAUGUCUUAUCAUGAAUAGGUUGAGUAUUUCAUGGUUACUGUUGAACUAAUCCUUGUCUUGAUGAACUAUAAAACGUACUGAUUUUAUACUUAACCUACUGUAUAUUCUUCAAAACUGUGAUUAAACAGAAUUACAUGUAAUUAAAAAAUAUCUCCAAUAUA